CAAGUUCGAAAGCUUCACAUUUAGUCAAACUAGCUGAAUUCAGAUAUUUCUUACUCCCAAAUUUUUCAAUCCGUAUUUACAUUCUGCAAUAUUAUGUUCCGUCGUGGAUUAAAAGCAUCGGGUUUCCGACCUCUCGCGGAGUUGAUUAAUUUUUAUUGGCGCAACGCUUCCGGGAAUUCCCGGAGAAGGUCAAAGUUCGUGCCACGCCCGAGCCUAGCUGCGAAUAUCGACCUCCCAAGCUGCCCAACACUCCAGCGGAUCCCAAUCAGUGAUGACGUUAAUAAGAAGGAGGAUACGGCCUAUUACACAUUCAAAAUUGACCACGAUCGCGUCCAGGAAAUGUGGCAAAAGUCCAGAGUAGGUGCCAAAGAGCAGAACAGCCUGCGUGGCUAUCAGCCUGCCAACAACGACGAGAACUCCGAUUCGGAGGAAGUCAUCAGUGCCCUGGACAAAGUGAGGCGUAUCGAGGAGCGGCGCAAGAUCCACAACAAGAUGCGCAGCCUCAUGGAGGAGCAGCUGAAGCUGGACGAGCGCAUCCAGGAGGAGCAGGAUCGCUUGGUCAGGAAGGAGGUUCUCGUCGAGCGGGAGCCGUCCAGAAAGCAUACACCCAAGGAGUACUCACCUGUUCGCAACCGGGAGAAUUGCAAGCCAGAUUCCUGGGUUUCAGCUACCGUUUUGGCGGCCACGGGAAAAAUGCAGCACCAUAGAUACAUGCAGGCUCCUCCCAGGAUAAACCCAAUCAAGGUAGAGACCGAGGCUCAAUCGCAGAGCAAAUCCCCUCCAGAAAAUCCGGCAAGCGACACCACAUCUGACCAACCCAAUCAGACCAAUGCCGACAUGCCCAAUCGAUCAGAAUGGACGAAGACCGUCUUGGAGAUGCACAAAAUGCGUGCCGAGGAGUUGGACAAGCUCCGGUCAGUGGAAAUUGAGUGAACUAUCCGCUC